AGGCGGCUACGCUUUCUCGCCCUUUGGCCCCGCCCUCUGCGCGGCUCACCCGCCAGCCGUUGCCAUGGGGACCCAGGGGCCACUACAGGCCUUUGCUGCGCGGGCUGCCUGGUGUCCUCUGCAAAACUGGCGUUGGCGACAGUGGGAGGUCAUGGAGCUUUCAAGAAACUCCGUCGACGAGAUGAAGAAGAGGACAGGCCUGGGCCAUUGCCGGCAUUUUUUCUGGCUGGGCGUCAUCUUCGACAUCGUGGGCGCGACGGCGCUGUUCACCGGGGCCUUUGCCGACCUGUCCCACUGCGGCCUGCUGCUCUACCUGGGUUCCAUCAUCGUCUUCUUCAGCCUCCUCUGGUGGGUCUUCUGGUACUCCGGCAACAUGGAACUGACUCCCGAAGAAGUCUGGAAGGGGCCCUUACAAGGGCUCUCCACCACAGUGCUGGACACUCUAAGGCAGAACGUCAGUCACAGGUUCUCUUGGAGCUUCUGCGACGUUUCCACUACCUUUAUGCGGAUCCGGCGGCUGCGGGCCCGCAGGAGAGCCGGUCCUCUCAUUCUGACCGUCACAGGCCAGACAGCGGAACGGACAGAAGAGGAGGACAAGGACAAAGACGGAAUGAAAAACAUCAAGAAGAGUAGCGAUGCCGAAGACUGUGGCAGAGAGGAUGUGGGCCCGGAACCAGAAGCUGUCCAAAGUUCAGAAGGAGUUUGCCUCCCAGGUCCUGAUGCUGGUCCUCUGGGCCCCGAGGCGGGUCGGCCGACGUUUGUUGAACGACUGUGGACCCAGGAGGUGGAGUCAGAAGUCACUCCAUCUCCUCUGAACCAGCCUCUACCUCCAGCCAUCCUCACCUCCGUGGUCCCCUUGUCCUCUGCGAGCCAGCCUCCAGUCAUUCAUGCCUCUAUAAGCCUCCCCUUGUCCUUUUCAGGUCAGCCUCUGGAUACCCUAGCUUCUAAGAACCUGAAUAUACCCCUGAUGGUCUCACAGAGCCACCCCUUGGUCUCUGUAGCCCCACAGGGAAAUUUCCAGAAUCUUUCUCUGGCCCCUCAAACUCAGCCUCAACCUGCUCAGGCUUCCAAAGACCAGGCUCUGGCCACCCCAGUCUCUGUGAUCCAGUUUGUGCCGGCCUGGUCUCUUAAAGCCCAACCUGUGGACCUGAGGGUCAUCCUGGCUGUCCAGGACUUUCCAGCCUUGUAUGAAAACCAACAGGCCCCUCAGAGCAGUGCUUUAGUCCGAGAGAUUGCUCUCAGCCAGUCUUCACUUGCCCGGGACAUUCCUAUAAAGCCAGUUGCUUUGAAGACUGUACCACCAGCCAGCCAGGAACUAAGUCCCUGACACUGUGUCUCUGCUCCCCAAAUCUGUACCACCAGCCAGCCAGGAACUAAGUCCCUGACACUGUGUCUCUGCUCCCCAAAUCCCCAGCUCCAGCUUCUCAGGACCAACAGUCAGUGCCCCAUGAGAGUGCAUCUGCCCCCGCCUGGGAGAAGAACAGUCGCCCUCUCUAGUACAGAACCAAUCCCCAGCCAUCCGAGUGGCCUCUCAGGCCUCUGCCAAAUAGACUUCUCUCUUAAGAAAGCUUUCCAGUGUUCCAAAUGUAAAAUAAUGUCUCAUGUACUCUGGGUGAAGAUGUAAGUAAGUAUAAUUCCUAAGGAAAUGGACACUGAAAAUGCAACUCCUUGCAUUUAAGGAUAUUUUAUGACCUGAUUAGCUGUCAGAAAGUUUAACACAAUCAAUGCAUGAUAGCAUUCUACAACUUAUAUUUAUAUGUUCAUUUGAUUUAAGUAACAUCUGAAUUUCCCUUUUCCCCGAGGAUUUAAAAUCUGCUGAUUUGAUUGCAUGUUUUAAUGCUAAUAAAAUAAAAUUCAUUUGCGACUGCCCUCCUUUUAUGAUCUUUCUUUGAACUGGUGGAUUGUUUAUAUAAGAAUAUUAAUACAGGAGUAGUUUCCUUUUGAAAUUUCUAGCCACAGGCAAAGAUACCUUUUUUAGGUGUUAACAAUACUUUGGAUCAAAACUUGCAAAAUUUUUGCUGUUUUUAUAUGUCUUCUCCUUUUCUGUCCUAUGCGUCAGUAUUUCUAUAUUUAUAAAUUUCAAGAAUUAACUCAGGCCAGAAGACUUUGCAUUAUAGAUGCUUGGAGAAAGAAUAAUUGGAAGGACAUUAUACUAAGUGAAAUAAGUCACAACAAGACA